GGGCCCAAAUUGUGAAGCCCAGGCCCAGCUAAGAAUUGGACAGACAUCUUAAUACCCCCAUAGCGUGUGUGUGUCUAUAUAUCUUUCUAUCUCUAUUUAAAAGAGAGUUGUGCAUCCUCUAGGGUUUCGUUCGUCGUGUGCCGUCUCAAGAAAAUGGCUCCAAAGAAGGGUGUAGCAGUAGCAUCAAAGAAGAAAGCAGCAGAGAAGGAGAAGAAAGUGAAUCCAGUAUUUGAGAAGAGGCCAAAGCAGUUCGGUAUAGGUGGGGCAUGGCACAAACAGGAUCUAGGGAGGUUUGUGCGUAUGCCAAAGGUUGUCCAGCUUCAAAGGAAGAAGAGGAUUCUCAAGAUGCGAUUGAAAGUCCCACCUGCUCUUAAUCAGUUCUCCAAAACCCUCGACAAAAACCUCGCUACAAACCUCUUCAAGAUGCUUCUGAAGUACAGGCCUGAGGACAAAGCUACAAAGAAAGAGCGUCUUGUGAAAAGGGCUCAAGCUGAAGCUGAAGGAAAAACUCCUGAAACAAAGAAACCCAUUAUCGUGAAGUAUGGGCUUAAGCACAUCACUUACCUUAUUGAGCAGAACAAAGCUCAGUUAGUAGUGAUUGCUCAUGAUGUUGACCCAAUAGAGUUGGUUGUCUGGCUUCCUGCACUAUGCAGAAAGAUGGAAAUUCCUUACUGCAUUGUUAAGGGGAAAGCACGUCUAGGAUCGAUUGUGCACCAAAAAACUGCUUCAGCUCUGUGUUUGACAACCGUGAAGAAUGAAGACAAAAUGGAGUUCAGCAGAAUUUUGGAGGCAAUUAAGGCCAACUUCAAUGACAAGUACGAGGAGAACAGGAAGAAGUGGGGUGGUGGUAUCAUGGGUUCUAAAUCACAGGCCAGGACCAAGGCCAAAGAGAGGGUUCUUGCCAAGGAAGCUGCCCAGAGAUUGAACUAAGAGCUUGCUGUGAUAUAUUCACUGCAAUUGCAUUAGAGAUUUGCUCUGCUAAUUUUUUGGUUUGGUUCACAUGCUUGACAGUGUUAGAGAUAUUAGUUUAAUAUGUCUCUUUAUGUGUUUGCCUUCUUCUGCAGAGUUUUGCUCUGCGGAAGAGUUGUUUAUCUGGAGUUUUUGUUAGAUAUUUUGUUGAGUUGGUUAUUAAUAUGGGAAGUUAUCCAUUUAACUGAACUUUUAGUGAUUAUUCUUUUGGCUAA